CUGGUCCUUGGGAAUAUACGAAGAUUCAUUCAAGGUAACGGGGACAUAAAACUACUGCUUGUGGCCCUCAAAGUGGUCGGUGCUGAGCUUGUUCCUGCAGGUUCGAGUCCUGCCUGCUGGAUUCCCUCCCCCCCCUCCUUCUCCCUUGGUUGCCGCUCGACAAGGGUGACUGUUGAAUGGUGCUGCUUUGAAAUCGCUGGAGGACACACGAACUUUAGAGACUCCCUUUGCGCAAGAAGUUUCUCCUUCCAGGGCCACUGCGUGUCUAAUAUUUAGACAUGGUCAGCUUCCUGGAUUCAAGGACUCUACUGCUAUUUGCAGCCGCACAAGUGUGCCUAUUAGCCAUUGUCAGAUGUCAGGACGACAACCAGGAGGGUGCCCCUAGCUGCUUGCAGGACGGCCAACGUUAUAGCGACAAGGACGUGUGGAAGCCCGAGCCAUGUCGCAUCUGCGUGUGCGACACCGGGACUGUCCUAUGCGACGAAAUAGUCUGCGAGGAGCUCAGAGACUGCCCCAAGCCUGAAAUCCCAUUCGGAGAGUGUUGCCCCAUCUGCGCCGCUGACUCUUCGCCGCCCAUUGGAACACCUGGAGCUAAGGGCCAGAAAGGCGAACCCGGAGAUAUUACUGAUGUCGUAGGACCCAGAGGACCACCAGGCCCAAUGGGCCCACCAGGAGAGCAGGGAAAUCGCGGACCAAGAGGAGACAAGGGAGAGAAGGGCAAAUGGCCGUUGAAUAAGCCCACUGGGGGUUUCAUUGAUGUUACAAAGAGUUUUUUGUCUUUCUUCAAUGGCUGA